AACAGCGCCUCUUGACAGUGGUGUGAGCAGUCGAGGGAGAGGCAGCUGUUCACUGUGCCGACGCUUGAGUUUACAGUUUGUACUGUUACAUAAUUUGUCCUUCUUUUUGUUUCUGUUGUCGCCGGACGUCUUGGCAGCGUCGCUUCUCGCCCCCCUGUCGCCGACACCGAGCCGUUCGCCCCGGAAUGGCCGAACCGAGCGCCAGAUAUCAGCAGCUGCCCGACGAGGAUGACCCAGAAGAGAGUCCACAGGUAGCGGCUGAAGCUCCACCUCCAUACAGCAGCAUCGCAGCGGACAAUGCUGCUUACUUUGACUACAAGGAAGACGGUGCUUUCCCCAAGCCUCCAUCGUACAAUGUGGCGACGACGCUACCUUCCUAUGAUGAAGCAGAAAGAACCAAAGCUGAGACUACUGUUCCCCUGGUAACUGGAAGACAGCCUCAGCUAAGGGAACGUCCGGAGACUUUUGACGAUGUAAUUCGCAGUUCACUGGAGGAUGAAGACUUUGUGACCAGAGACGACUUUGAAGACACUGAUCAGCUGAGGAUAGGAAACGACGGCAUCUUCAUGCUCACUUUCUUCAUGGCAUUCCUCUUCAACUGGAUCGGUUUCUUCCUGUCCUUCUGUUUGACCACGUCCGCAGCCGGCCGCUACGGGGCCAUCUCAGGCUUUGGCCUCUCCCUCAUCAAAUGGAUCCUCAUCGUCCGGUUCUCCACAUACUUCCCGGGUUACUUUGAUGGACAGUACUGGCUGUGGUGGGUGUUCCUGGUUUUGGGCUUUCUGCUCUUCCUGCGAGGAUUCAUCAACUACGCCAGAAUCCGCAAGAUGGCCGACACCUUCUCCACGCUGCCCCACACCCGAGUCCUCUUCAUCUACUGAGCCUGCGAAACUUCAAUCUCCGUUCUCUCCUUUCUCUUUCAUUGAGGCACACUGUCUGGCUUUAUUCAAUCGAAACAGGAUGAAAGGAAAAAAAAAUUUCCCCCCUGCUUGACCUGAUUUGGACAAUAUGUCUAUUGUCCCCUUUUCGGUGUAAAAUAGUGAACGCUGCGAAAUCUGUAAAAAACCUUCAGUUGUUAGUGGUGAACUGUCAAGUGCUAUUUGCAAAUAUGAAGUAUGUGGUGUAUAAAUUAAUGCCUUAUUUUAACAUCUGUCGGUAGCAGCUGCAUGUGCUGUCCUCUUGUUUGGCCACCAGGGGGCAGGCUUGUUUGUAUCAUGUUUAAUUUUUCUCACUGGUCUUAAACCUCAUGAAGUCAUUUGUCCAGAAAACGGUGGUUCUCAGCCCAGUGGUCAGUGUUCUGAGGUUAUGGGUUGUUUUCCACUAUGCGAGAUUAAUAUAUUUGAAGUAUCAGUUUUAAUGGUUUUUUUAACAUUCCUGACUAAUACUUUUUGUUGUGAAAUAGAAUAUAAAUCACGUAGUAACCAGGCUGAAAGGGGAGAAAUCAUUAGCUCCUCGGGGAUCGGGGGCUAAAUAAAGUUGAGGACCAUUUGUGAAGGAGAUCAGGAGGCCGGGGUUUCCCCCCUUAAUCUUAUCUUUUCCUCAUGUUUUUAAGAUUUGUCUAUGCACUCACUGUAAUGAGGAAUGUUCUUUUCUUAUUUACCAUCCACGUGUUUCAGCUGAAGCACAAAGGAGCCUGUGGGUCACUGCCUUGCUCAAGGGCACAGUGAUGGGCCUGGAAUUAGCUCAAGUCUGUCACUGGAUUCACCUGUGGGGUCAGACGGUUCUGGUCAAACAAACGAUUCCAACAUCCGAUCUUAGUCACUGGCUCCCGAUUGGUUUCCAUUGAGGGGGGAAAAACAAAUUGUACCACCAGAUGUGAUUUGGAAACCCUGGUCUGUGAAGAACAAAAUAUUAAUUCAGAGCAGAGGCUUUUCUUUUUCUUUUACAUAAUAAUGAAAUAUGAAGAGUCAUUAUUUUUAUGUUUUGCCCUCAUCCUAGUGUCGGUCGAAUGAUUAUUUUUAUUGCAAGAAUUUUACGUAUCUGGCUUGGAUCAUGUUUGGAAUUAAAACUGUAAAAGUC